AUGCCCCGCAAAGAGGCCGAGUCAAGUACGUCAACCAGACAGAGAGAAGCGCUGUUAGACUCGCCAGCACGUGUUGCGCCUCUUCGAGCGGGAGCAAAGUAUCCACCACCAUAUGGUGCACAGCACCGCCAGGAUGCUCUUUGGGAAGGCGGGAAUGAAGCGCUCCCUCCUCAAUGGCAUCAGUUUCAGGUGUUGGUUGGUGAAACAAAAUAUCAAGACAACGCGCUUGCUAUGGUUUCACGGAACCGACCUUUACCAGGAGUGCGACUAGAUGAACCUGGACAACUCGUUAUUGCUGGAUGCGAAUGGCACAUCUCGCCACUCGGGCGGUCCUACUUCGUCAACCAUGACAGUCGGACCACAUCCUGGAAUAAACCAAAGCCAGUGCGUCCGGCAGAGAGCUUGGUGCCGGAGUGCAUCGUCGAGGGUCACUCUAGAUGCAUAUGGAGCCUUGCCUGCUUGGGCACCAGUUGUAAUAUACUGAGUGCGUCGGAUGACUGGUCGAUUCGCCACUGGAAAAAAGACGGAGAGCCAGUAGGAAAGCCUUUGGAUAGCGAUGGUGGGGGGAUAUGCUCAAUGACAUUAUCUCCGGAUGAAACAAUGGUCGCGAGUGGAAGUAAGGACGGUAGACUACGACUGUGGAACAUAAGGAAGGGCAUCAUGGUCGGCGACCCGUGGGAGGGGCACAAUGAUGGAGUGAGGUGCCUCGAUUGGUCUCCCAAUUCCUUGGAGAUAGCAAGUGGAUCGCAAGACGGCACCAUACGACGUUGGAACCCGGAUACUGGCCGACAAACAGCGACACCAAUAGAGACCGGUCAUGGCUGGGUGGAAGCUGUCAAAUACUCUCCGCAAUGCGACAAAUUCAUGAGCGGCGGUAUGGACUGUAUAAUCCGCGUGUGGUCCAAGGACGGGCAGUUGCUCAUCGAGAUCAAGGGACAUGAUUACUCGGUGACGUCAUUGUGUUGGUCCAAGGACGGUGCACACAUCUUCUCUGCGUCAUGUGAUCACACCAUCCGAAAAUGGCGGUCCAAUGAUGGAGAGGAGCUCGUCGUUCUUCUGGGUCAUACCAACAACGUCAGAUCCCUGUGUCUGUUGCCUGAUGAAAAUGAUCUCGUUAGCGCAUCAGAAGACUGCACAGUUCGCAUUUGGGACCUCAAGACCAAUCAGCUAGUCGGAGAUCCACUCUUACAUGACGACGGAGUUGUUGCUCUUGCCAUAUCCCGUGAUAGACAAUACAUUGUUAGUGGUGGAUUAGAGGCAAAAGUAUAUGUUUGGAGCAUGGAGGCAGCGCUCAAUCGGCGGGGUGGCGACCAAGUUGGCAGCGUGGAUGAUACCAAUGCAAAACCUGACGCGAAGUCCAAGGCAAGUCAACCCUGCUCCUCUUCUCUUUCCCUCUCGAUCUCACCUUUUCCUAGGGGCAUCCAGUCCGACAGAGAGAUCACAUCUCCUCACACCCAAUUUUCUCCACACAGCACGCGAGUAACAAAGGCUCGGCGAAAUAUGUCAGUGUUGCUUUUCGUUCCUGAACUGCGUUCCUUGAUAGUUUCAUCGAUUUUGACUAACUCCAUCCAGGCUGAUGCUACAUCGCGUCAACCGCGAGAAGCAUCGCAGACCGCUGGAGCUCCAAGUCGCAGAAUUCCCCCAGGGUUUUUUGACGAAAUACCACGUCAUGUUGAUUCUUCUACGUCCCGCACCCAUCGCACCCUCUUUGGUCGCUUACCGACCGUCUUUCACCGCCGCCACUCCAAGCCUCAUAGGGCAACUGGGCGGGACACUCAACCCCAACGUCGCCCACUCAGCUUGCCUCGAAAUAUAGUCUCUGGCAUGCUACGCAGACGACAUGGUUCAGACAUCCAGUUGCGAGAGCCACCGAUAGUCGAAGUCCCGUGCACAGCAGGCAAGCCUAGAGACUAUCACGCUAGAAAGAAGCGAGCUGGCAGCUCGUUUCGAUUCUCCCAUGCUCAUACCACACAGCAACACAGCCCAACACGGGGCACACCGUCAUUGUCACAGCUACCACCUUCCACUGCCGCUGGUGCCGUGGGGACGGUGGGAACAAACUCGAAUCCCCAUAUCACCAUAAGAGAUGCUGGAUGGCGUGCUCGUUUCAUGGUCUGGAUGGAGAAUAUCAUCCCCCCUGCCCUCGAUAGUCAGCGGACGCCCGAGCAAUAUCCUGCGGGCAAACCGGGCGAGCCUUCUGGUCCUCAAAGGGGGUUAGUUCGAACAUAUGCCGAAUACUUAGACUCUGUGGGCAAACCGGGCGAGCCUUCUGGCCCUCAAACGACGUUAGUUCGAACAUAUGCCGAAUACUUAGACUCUGUGGGCAAACCGGACGAGCCUUCUGGCCCUCAAACGACGUUAGUUCGAACAUAUGCCCAAUACUUUUAG